GUUCAAAUUGUUAACAUUGUUAUACUGACACUUUCUUUAACAGUUUCCCUUCUCAUGUUCCAAUAUGGUAUCUUAAUAAAGCGCGUAGAACUUAAUGAAAGAAGUUCUUGUUCGGAUGUAUCAUAUUCUAUAAAUUCAUGCUGGGUACCUUCUCAGUUUAACCGCAUAAUUCUAAUUAUCGUAGAUGCUCUUCGAUAUGAUUUUGUGAACCCAACAAAUUCUCAUACUUUUUAUGGUGGACAUAUGAAAAAUGUCAACAAUUUAUUGUCUCGAAACAAUGGAAAUUCGCUGUUAUUUCACUUUAUUGCUGAUCCUCCAACAACAACAAUGCAACGUUUAAAAGCUUUAACUACUGGUUCUCUGCCAACAUUUAUUGAUAUGAAUUCAAAUUUCGCAAGUGCUUCGAUUUCAGAAGAUAAUUGGAUUGAUCAACUUGUGCAGUCUGGUCGUAAAAUUGUAUUCAUGGGAGAUGAUACAUGGGUAUCUCUUUUUCCGAAGCAAUUUCAUCGUAAAUAUCAUUUACCUUCAUUCGAUGUUUAUGAUCUUCAUACUGUCGAUGAUAUGAUAUUGGGAAACAUCUAUAACGAAUUACGACGUUCUGAUUGGACUGUGCUCAUUGCUCAUUUUUUGGGUGUAGAUCACUGUGGUCAUAAGCAUGGCCCUAAAAGUCCAGAGAUGGUUGCAAAACUUUCACAAAUGGAUGAUUUUAUCAAAAAUAUGACCGAUUUGAUGAAUGAUGAAACUUUGUUAGUAGUUAUGGGUGAUCAUGGAAUGACAGAAACUGGAGAUCAUGGUGGUGAUGCCGAUAUGGAGAUUGAUGCUGCCUUAUUUCUCUAUUCGCGCAAGAAAUUGCUUCAUUCGCAAUUCGUAUCAGAUUCUGUUUCACAGGUUGAUAUUGUACCAACGUUAAGUCUUCUUCUCGAUCUGCCCAUACCUUUUUCAAAUAUAGGAAUCGUUAUAGAAAGUAUUUUUCCACAAAAAUUGUUGCCACUUGUUUUACGUAGUAAUACUUGGCAAAUAAUUCGUUAUGCCCAAAGAAUGGCGAGUGAGAUUCCUGAGCUGGAGUGGCAUUUACGACAAUUCGAAUCAGGAACUGAAAAUUUGCGAAAAUAUCGUGAUACUAUGAGUCGAAUGCAACUUGUUUUUCGCUAUUUUUGGACUAGUUUUAACUCUUAUUUUAUAAUGAUUGGAUUACUUUCGUUAUUGGAAGCAGUUUUGAAUUGUGCCGAUUCAAUAUUCAACGGAGAUGAUAUAUCUAUCAGUUGGUUGAUAUUUCGUUCAGGUUUAUUGUUUAUGCAAGCUGCAACAUAUAUUACUGGUGAUGAAGAACAUUACUUCUCGGUUAUAUUUAUCCUUCUUUGUUCAUCAGUGUCAUUCAGAAUAAUUUACUUAUUGAAUUCAUUAUUAACUGUUACAUAUUCUUGGUCAACUGUGAUGCUUCUUUUUUUUCUUUUCUUCCACGCCAUAUCUUUUUUUUCAAAUAGCUUCAUUGUUUUCGAAUCUAUAACUAUUCGUUUUUUAACACAACAAAAAUUUAAUCGGCCUCGUCGUUUCAUGUCUUUUUUGGAUUGGUUCAAACAUCGCUUGGAAUAUCGAAAGAUUCUCAUGGUCCUUCUCGUUCUUUUUUUGUUAAGGCUUGGUUCAGUUUUUGAAAGAUGUCGCGAAGAGCAACAGAGUGCUUGCAUUCAAACAGUAUUUGCUGAACCACUGUCUAAAGUACCCUCAGAUACCUUGAAGAUAAUUCGUUUCAUAACUGCCAUAUUAAGCUUUUCGUUUGCAAAUUACUUUGCUUAUCAGUAUUUACAAAAAUUUCCAUCUGAAUCUGUGCAUUCAAGCUUUUUAUUUCCUUCAGCAAUUGCUACUAUUUGCCACUGGAGUACUGAAUUGAUCCCAGAUAAAGUACUGAACCAUUUUCCAGCUUUUUCCCACAUCACUGCACAAGUGGUUUAUGUUAUAUCACUGUGUGGUAUGCUUGCUAUAUGUGUGCGAUUAAUUAGAAAAGGCCCAUUUAGAUUAUUUGAAGGUUGUUCGUAUUCUUAUAUGUUGUGUAUUUCCGAAAUUUUGGCUCUUAUUCUUGGCGACGGUCUUGCACUUAGUUUAACCAUUGUACUUUCCGUUUUGUUUAUUUCCUUACGUUUUAUUGAUAAUGAGUAUCAUUUGGUACUUUUUUUGACUUUGUUCUCAUCACAUUCUUUCUUUGCUCUUGCACAUCAGUCAACAUUUACUUCUAUUCCAUGGAAUGCGGCAUUUGUGGGUAUACCUGGUAAUUUCAUUUACCAUUGGAUACCUGCCACAUUAAUAAUAAUGCAUGUUUUUGCUUCACAAAUUCUCUAUUCAUUUUCAUUACCUUUAUUCGUAUUUUCAAUCAUUUGUGCAACUGCUCUUCAUCGUCGACAUUUAAUGAUGUGGAAGGUUUUCGCUCCAAAAUUUAUUUUCGAAUCUCUGUCGCUUUGUAUCAUUAAUAUCACAGUAGUUCUUACAUGUUGCAUUUUCAGAAAUAUUUCCUUUAUUAAAUAA